CUCUUGUUUUGGGGUUAUACACAUCACUAAAUGAGGCCGUUAGAUGUGGUGGUUCCGCACCGAUCAUCACGAUGAUGAUGAUGAUGAUGACGACGGCGACCACCACCACCCCCCGGGCCACCAGCCCCCCGAAGGCGCCGCUGCCUCUCAGCGCCCGGGAGCCGCCGACCUUUGCCGCCUUGUGCUCCAGAUCGGGGGCCGAGCCGCGUCGGUACCCUCGCAGCCUGGCCCAGGCCCGAGCUCAGGCUCAAGCUCAAAUUCGGACCUUAAACCUGAAGCUGGACUUCAGUCUCCGGCCAGACUCCGGAGCGGAUCAGUGCGGGAGAGAGCCGGCGGAGCGCACACACCGGAGGAGGUGCACAGACUGGAACAGCACUCGCCGAGGUCUUCCACCGCUGUCUCCGGCCACCCCACUUCCUCCCUCACUUGGUGGGAGGGUGAGAUUCUCUGGGUCAAAGGCUGUUUCACGGCUGCCAUCAAUGCUGCUCUGUGAUUGGCCGAUAGGCGAACUUCCACAGGAGUCACAAGUGACAGAGAUGAAGUUGGCAGACUCUUCAUGUUUUGUAAGAGGUUUGAAAGAAGAGCAAGAAUGGAGAAGGCAAAGCUCUAAGGAUGAAUGUAUUUAUCGAACGUUAUCUGAAGAUCUCUCAGAUGCUCGGUUUCCAUUUGACUGGAACAGAAAAAAUGGUGUGAUACUUGGUGGAGAUAAGGUUUUUGCCUCUGAGCUGAAACGAUGCGAUGAAAAAGGUAGAAUACCAGUAAGGACGCAACCACGUGGAAUUUAUGGGUUUAAAGCUAAAAAUAUUCAUCGAUUAUUUAGCAAAGAAUCCACAUAUGCUACAUCGGAAACAUUGACUUUGAGACCUGGGAUUGGAGAAGGCUUGACCUGUAUGGCAGCAAGUUUAUUUCCUUCUACCUCAGCUCAUAACGAUAGAGAACCAUUCCACAUUCAUGGAGAAAAGUUGUGCCCGAAGAUGCAUAAUGGAUUCUACACCAUACUAUCACCUCAUCACAAACCAUUUGCCUACCACGACUCCAUCAAUGGGGCACCAUAUGCAUUCAUACAUAGACUGAGGGAAAUAUCUGGCUUAGAAGCAGAUACUAUACGUCAAGAAAAGUUACAAAAACUGAAGAAAAGACCAGAAAACUGAAGAUAUUUAAAUUGUCGAACUAUCUGUUAAAUGUUUUGACGUUUGAAAAAAAUUGUUGAACGUGUAUCGUAUGUGGGAUUGGUUCAACCCAAAAAAUAUAACUACGUUUGCCAAACUAAGCUGUUUGGUCAGGAUUUCAUAUUACCCUGCACCUUACAAAAAUAUUAAAUGUAUAUUGAUGUAUACAGAAGUGCAAUAAAGUGUCAAAAGUCUUCAUUGGAAUGCAUUUAAGAACUGAAAAUUACACUCUGGUUUCUCAAUGUUGAUAUUGCUUCUGUGCCAGUAAACUUUAAAUUGGAAAAUUCUGCAGUUCCCCAAAUCCUCAGAAUAUUCGAGUUUAAAAGGAAGAUAGGAAAUUAUAGAGGAACAGUAGGAGGGAUGCAACAAUCCUAUCUAUGUUCAUAGUAUCUGAAAGGCUAAAUUUAUGCAAUUUAUUAGAUAAUAAAUUGGGAAGACAGAUUAGAGAACUGGGAAAUUACAAAAGAUGUUUUGUUACCUUUCACAGAUUAACACUGUGGUCAAAUUCCAGAUCCAUUCAUUUUGCCUGGCCUCAGAAAUCUUUCACACAAGUAAAUGUCAGUAUAUUUUAUGAAGAAACCAAAUUAAAUGACUUGGUACCUGGGCCUGGUGGGUACACACAAAAACCUCAGAUGUCAGAGAGGAAAUAGGACAGUAUUUACCUAAUAUUUUAGUUACUACAUAAACUCUGAAGGGGUGCUGGAGGAUAGAAUAUAUCAUGACAAUCAAAAUAAUAGAAUAUUUUAGAGCAGUUAGCUCAAAAUUCAGUGGGAAAAUGUUUCAGAGCAGGAUAUAGGAUGUUAUUAGGGCUCAUCCUCAGGAUGUGAGCCUGUUAUUGCUGAUAUGCAGAAACAAGUACAAAUUGUUGGCAGGUCUCCAUUAAUGGAGGAAUUGUCUGAUAGUUUCCCUCCAGGCAUUUCAUCCUUCCAAAACUAAAUUCAUCUGUUGAACUGGAGAAAGGCAAGUAUGGCUUAGUAAUCUUUUUGAAAACCAUUACGGAGAAACUUGCAGCAUUAUUCAGUUGGGAAGGUACAUCAAAAACAGUUAAGGCCAGGCAAAACAAUGCAUAGCAGUAUGGGAAGAGAAUAGUGCAAAUAAGUUUUGCUGACAAAAAACAUGGAGGUAAUUUAAUUUUGUUUUAAAAUUGAUUUACAGCAUAACUAAUUGGUAUCUAAAUCUCUGAAGCAGUCUUAGUGAUUGCACUAAUAUCAGUUCAAUACAUACAUGCAUUUAAAAGCAGAUCAAAUAUUGUAACAAUGCCUUCCCUUUACUGUAACAAUGAUCUAUAGAUAAAACCAUUGGGAAUCUGAACGCUCAGGCUUGAAAAUUUGCAAGAUUUAAUGCAGAUAUGUCGGAAAUGCCACAAUACAACAGUUGCUGAACAGCCCAAAAGUUAUCUGUCAACCUAACUGGUUCCACACAUCUCUGCUGAUAUUUUUUCUAAUUUGGGGAACACUUGGAAAAAAUAGUUAUAGAUAGGUUCGCUGUUUUAUAUUGUCUGGAAAAUGAUUAGUGAAAUAAUUCAAGCUCUGUUUUGCCAAGCUUACCUAUGUAUGUACCUCAGCAGCCACCGCAAGCAGAAGACAGGUGCAGAAAUGUGUCAAUAAUCAGAUAUUCCAUUGAACUCUGGAAUUGGGCACUAUUAUUUUCAAAUGGCCAUAUUUACAGUGCUGACAUUCCUAUUAUUUUUGCUCCAAACUGCAUAUCUUUGGUUUGCUUUUGUACAACAGAUCCUUUGUUUUAGGCACAAUUAAGAAUGACACACUGCAAGAUAUAGUACAAUAAAAAUCAAUUGAUUCA